CGCUUCCGGCUUUCGACGAGAGCGGACGGACGAUGAUUCGCUCCGAUAACGGCGCGUUAUCGGCCCACGCGGGUCGAGGAAGCAUCGACGCUGCAGCCAGCAGUAGCGAUGAGUAUCGUGUGGUGUUGCCCCGUUUCCCAGAUGGAAAAAUGUGUCUGAAUUCCGUGUUUUUGCACGCGGACCUGAUGGGAAGACCGUACCGUGCUGUGGAUUUUCGAGACGGACUGAAGGACAUCGUGGACAUGACGGACGUGGUUUCAAUUGGACAAUUCCAAAUGAGCCACAUAUGGAUGAUCACUCUCGCAAGCAUGGCUGCCACAGAAAAGAUGAAAAGGAUUGGACAACUCACGGUCAAGGGGCGGAAGUGUCUGGUGCUGGACCCCAACGCAAAGGACAUUAGGGUAAGGCUACUUUGGCUCCCAACGUAUCUGGAAGACAGACGUGUGGUGGAAGCUCUCGAGCCUUACGGUAAAGUUCGUAACAUCGUUAGGGAGAAAUGGCGAGUCCCGGGAAUGGAACACUUGGAAACCAUGAACAGAGAAGUCAGCAUGACGCUGCAUGACGCCGUCAGCUCUUCCGACCUGCCCCAUAUGAUCAAGGUAUAUGGGGUGCAAUCCCUUGUCAUUGUGCCUGGAAGACCACCGCUUUGCCUACGAUGCAAAAAAGUAGGCCAUAUCCGGAAACAGUGCCGUGCACCAAAAUGUACCAAGUGCAACAAAUUUGGUCACGAAGACAACGAGUGCUACGCGACCUACGCCACGGUGCUGAGGCGCGGGGACGAGGAUGCCGAAUCGAAUCUCGACCAGUUCAUGGACGUGUCCGAAGUAGUGGGAGCCAACGGCGAAGUGGGGGCGUCCACGGGCGGCCCUGCAAACAGUCUUCCCUCCGUACCAGGCGAGACCGGCGCCAUCAACGACCACCAGCCACAAGACCCAGGAGCCAUACCUGUGUCCUCGCAGACUGGGGAUGAUUCUUCCAUGGAGCAAGGCAGUAACUGCGGCAGUGCUGCUACACCUUCGGAGCUGGACGACCGAGACCAAGGUGAAACCAAGCAAGCAGGUCCCUUUCCCGAGGGUCAAGGGAACGGAGUGGACACAAACUCUGCUCUGGGAACUGGUGUCAGUGACGUCAAGCGAAAGAAAUUGGAACCGGGGGCCACAUACGCAAGUAAGCGCAUAAACGUGUCGAAGCCGCUUGCGCGGCAAGCCCAGGAAAAGCCACCCCCUUAAGCAGCGAUGGGCGGUUUCCGCUUCGCCAGCUUAAAUGUACGCGGUUUUCAUUCGAGGAAAAAGCAGAAUCAGCUACACCGUCUACUCGAAGAAAAGGAGAUUGACUUUUUAGCAGUACAAGAGACAAAGCUAGAGAAUGAGGAAGAGGUUGACCGCGCUUUACCACUUUUUUUGAGAAAAUACGAGGUAUGUGUCAGCCAUGCUGCCGGUCUUUCGGGAGGGUGUUUCUUGUUUAUAAAAAAGUCAGUUCAGUUAAGCGAACUAGCUCUGACGGUUGACUUGCA